AUGGCAGUUGUAAAGAAACCAAACGGAUCUUUGAGAAUCUGUAUUGACCCACAACCAUUAAAUGCAGCCCUGCAAAGAGAGCAUUACAAGCUACCAACACUAGACGAUGUUCUACCUAGUCUCAUCCAAGCACGAGUAUUUAGCAAACUCGACGUGAAACAAGCCUACUGGCAUGUCCAACUGGACAAUGAAUCUAGCUUACUCAUCACCAUGAUUACACCAUUUGGACGAUACACGGACACAGAUGGGCCCGGCUCCCAUUUGGGCUCAAGGUCAGCAGCGAGAUAUUUCAAAGAAAGCUCAAUGAGGUACUUGUUGGUCUCAAUGGUGUGA